UUCAUUUGUACACAACCCACAUAGAACCAGAAUGGCGAUCAUAACCUAUCUACUCCUCUUUGUAAGCGUGCUUGUUGGUGCCCAGGCCGAGGUUUGCUGGUACUGGGAUGAUAUCCUAGAUGAAGAGGACAGUAUCAUAUGUUACUCCGGUUGCUGUGGAGAUGAUUGUUGCGAUGACUACUGGUCCGACGGCAGUAUCGCUGGAGCAACCGUCGGCAGUAUCAUUGGUUCAAUCAUCCUCCUCUCUAUUUUCAUCGCAAUUUUAAGAAUAUGUUGCGCUGCGUCCCGAAGAAGUUCUGGCGGAGUUAUCGGUCGCCGUGUACCAGGCGCUACCCAAGUGGUCACUGUGUCCAGUACCAACACAGCGAAUAACCUGGUUGCCACUCCCUACGUAAGGUACCUUCAGGCUACACAGAUGACAAAUCCAGUGGCACCCCCGGCCUACGAACAGGUCGUUCAGGACGGAGCGCGGAGCGGAGUAGUCAACCCAAACUAUGCCUACGGUCCUCCAAAAUACUGAGGGAAUAAAGGCAUUGGCUGUAUCACUAGAAAGCUCUACUUUGAAACUGUAUUUUAUACAAAAUCAUGCGAACAAAUUAACAAACUGUAUCCCAUUAACAGUGUCGUUGAAACUGACCUUGUCAUUAUUCUGAGUUUCUUAGAAACCUUAUUAUAUAGAUGUUCAGAGGAAAUAACAAAUGUGGACAUAAAUCAUUUACCUUCUAAUUUAUUGAGAAAUGAGAACUCUUUAAUUAUAUGAAGUUGAAAUAUACAUAUUGCAGUAGCUUUGUACGUCAUAAAUAAUCUUGUAAAAUCUACCCUCUUGUCUACUUCAUUAAAUGUUACUAAGAUAUUUUAAAUUGUCGUCUUUCUUCUAUCCC